CUCGAUUGCAUUGGUCAUCUACCGUCUCUCUCUUACAUGACCACGGAUUCAAAAACGUCAACACAGUCACACAGGGUAACUAGGCUUGGCGGUGUGGAGAGCGAAAGAGAGGAGAAGAGCAAGGGAUUGGGAGUAGGAGAAGGGAGUCGUCAUGAGCAAGAGAAAGAAAGAGGGUUGCAGAGACAUUCGGCAAUGUUUUGCCUCAUCUCAGAAAAAAAGCAAAAAUAAAGAGGUUGAAGCACAGAGAGAGCAAGAACGUUUGGAGGAUGAAAGUAGUGUGUGUCCAUCUGUUAGUGACAUAGAGAGUAGAGCUAGUGAGCCAGCGGGAGAGACAGAAAGUUUGGAGGAUGAAAGCAAUCUUUGUCAAUCUAGUGGUGGCAUAGAGAGUGGAGCAAGUGAGGCAGAGGAAGAGAGAGAACAUCUUGAGGAUGGAAACAUAGGAGAGAAAGCAGAGCAGCUGGGACUACACCCAAAUCAGCCAGAUGUCAGGGUCAUACCAACUCAAAUACUGCCAAACAAAACACUCCACUUUCAGGAGAAGUGGUUCAGAAUGUAUACCUGGCUCCACUACUGCCAACUCCGAAAAGGCAUUCUUUGUUUUUAUUGUGCAAAAUACUUCAUGGCACAAAAUUCAAGGCUGGCAUCCAAAGCAGACCCUAUGUUUAUCAAAAGAGGCUUUACUAAUUGGAGAAAGGCAGUAGAGAAAUUCAGUGCACACCAAAACAGCCAAUGUCAUAAAUUAGCUAUGAUGACAAGAAUCCAUGAGGCAAAGCCUGUAAAUGUUCAACUUGAAAGACAGAUUGAAAGACAGCAGCAAGAAGCGAGAAGAAAUCUAAUGAAAAUAGUUGAGGGUGUCAAGUUUUCGGGGCGGCAAGGUAUUGCCUUUCGAGGCCAUGAGAAGGAGAGUGGCAACUUCAGUCAGCUUAUGAAGUACAAGGCAAAGGGGGAUGCAGAGCUGACCACCUGGCUAGAUGGUCACAUCGACUUCACCAGUCCCCAGAUACAGAACGAACUGUUGAAGCUGAUGGCCAAUACAAUCGUCAAAGAAAUAGCGGCUGAAGUAAUGUCAAGCGCAGUGGUCCAGUUUGCACUUAUCAUUGAUGGCACCCAGGAUAUAUCAGGAGCUGAGCAGGAGUCAAUAUGUAUCCGCUUUGUUGAUAAAGAUCUCCAGCCAAAGGAAGAGUUCCUGGGACUCUACCAAGUCUCAUCAACAACUGGGCAAAACAUAGCCAAUAUGGCAUGUGAUGUCAUGACACGCCUAAACCUUCCUCUCAGUCAACUCAGAGGACAAACGUAUGACGGUGCCGCCAACAUGUCUGGACAUUUGCAGGGAGUGCAAGCCAUCUUGAAAAAGCAACAACCACUGGCUCUGUACUGUCACUGCGGUGCACACUGCGUGAACUUAAUAACGCAGGCUGUCUGUGUAGCUAGUGUUCUUGUCAGGGAUUCAAUGGGUCUGGUCCAUGAAUUGGGAGGCUUCUUCAAUCAGUCGGGCAAGUUCAAGUUGAUUUUCCAGGACAUCGCAAAAUCAGAGCAUGAUGGAAGAUUCACCAACAUAAAGCCUCUUUGCCCCACCAGGUGGACUGUUCGCACCCAUGCCAUCCGCUCAGUUCUCAGACAGUACGAGUCUGUGCUCACAGCCCUUGAAGAAAUGGCAUCAUGCAGCUCGGCUGAAACUUCAGCUAAGGCCAGUGGUCUCCAUGGAGCAUUUCUGAAAGGGAGCACCCUGCUCGGCCUUGUAAUGGCCGAAGACCUGACGGGGGAUUUGGAGUGCCUGAACACCUCACUGCAGUGUAGGAAACAGACCAUUUCAGGCAUGUUAGGGGCUGUGGACCAUGCCAAAACAAGCAUGCAGCACAAGCGAACAGAGGAGACCUUUGAUGUGUUGUUCGCAAACGCACAGGCGAUGGCAACAAAGUUUGACCUACAACCCAUACAGAUGCCUCAUGUUCGCAGACCUCCAAAUCGUUACACCGGUCAGGCUGCAGCUCAUACCCAUCCUGAUGCCCAGUCAUUCUACAGAGCCCAAUUUUACACUGCACUUGACACAGCAAAUUCACAAUUCACCAAAAGAUUUGCCCAAGCAGGAUUCCUAAAACUUCAGGAGCUUGAGAAUGUGCUUUUAAGUGGAGAAGUGGAAAAUAUAGUGAAUGAGUACCCUGAAUUUAACUUGGAUCAUCUUCGGGUGCAGCUAGCCAUGUUCAGGGCUAGUUAUAUAUACGGAACCUGCUCAGAUGUGGCUAGCAUUAUCCGCGACAUGGUGCCAGAGGUGAGGGGACUCUUUGGGCAGGUGGAGACUUUAGUAAGGCUGCUGCUGGUCGUCCCUGCUUCCUCUGCAGAGGCUGAGAGGAGUUUUAGUGCCCUAAGGAGGCUGAAGACAUGGCUUAGAGCAUCAAUGACUCAGACACGACUGAACAGUGUGGCCGUAUGUCAUGUGCACCAGAAGCAUCUGGACAGACUGGACCUUGAAGAAAUAUGCGAUUCCUUUAUCGCUGUCAAUGCUAGGCGCAAAAAGACCUUCGGCACACAGCAACCGUAAUCCCCGUUACAGAGGCUCUGUUAUAUGGCUGUUAUAUGUUGAGCGCAGUCAAGUUACCUCUAAUAGGCCUGAAAGAAAUAAUUCUCAGUUGCAGCUUCAAAUUAAAAGCAUUUAACUUACUAAAAAUGUGUUUACUUAUUAUUUUUAA